AUGGUGUGUAUCCCAGCCAGCAUUUUAUUGCAAUGUUUGUUAACAUAUCGGAAAAAUGAAUUGGUCUCAUUUGACAAGAGCGAAGAAUUUCUAAUGAAGUUAGCUAAUUCGAAGCCAUCUGAUGGACCAGUUUUUAAAAGUUUCACGAGAGUUUUUGAAAGUACCACGAGAGUUUUUGAAAGUACUACGAGAGUUUCUGAAAGUAUCACGUUAGAUUCUGAAAGUGUCACGUCAUAUUCGUGUUCGGACAGUAGAUCAGAAUUUUGGAUUGAUGAUGACAAAUAUGAUGGCUGUGAAAGCCUCUUUAACACAGAUAUUGUCGACGCGGACGUGGCGGCGAAUGAAUCUAUCGUGAAAACUCGUCGUCUCAUCUACGACGCACGAAACAGGCGAAUCCAACUCAUGAUCUUCUCGAUCAUCAUAAUCCUGUGGUUUGUUUACGGCAUUGCGAUGUGGAGAACUACAACAAGUGUGUGUUCGAGUUCAGUCUCCGGUCCAUAAACGGAACGUCGCCGACGUGAUUCUCGUGACAUGGAAAUUUUUCAUCCCUUUCCCCUACAAAAUUAUUUUUUUUUGUUUAUUUAGGUUUUUUUUUUUGCAUAACUAUACAUAGAUAUUUGUUAGGUAUAGGUACCUAUUUUCAUUUUUUCCGUCAAAUACGGGGAUGACGUUUCGAUGAUAGCUAGUUUGAAUUGAAAGCCUUCUAUAUAUCAUGCUCACUCAUCAAAAUCAAUGACAUUCCAAACAAAUAUAAUUCAAUUACUUACCUAUAUACUAUAAUAAUAAUAUA